AUGGAAGGCUAUACCCAUGGCCCUGGGUACCGUGAAGUCGAAGAGCGACAAGGCUCCUCACGAUCAGUGACUGACCUCUUCCGUCUGGAUAAGCGCACGAUCAUCGUCACUGUUGCCGGAGGAGAUUGGGGCACAGCCAUAAUCGACGCGAUCCCCGAAAGCGGCGGCGAUGUUGUCGGACUCGAUCUCGAUAAUGUCCAUCUCGAUGUUGAAGCUGAACUGAAACAGGAAACCUGGGAGCAUAUCCAAGCUACCGCAGAGAAGUAUGCCCGAAAAGUCGCGUAUUACCCCUUGGAUGUGACAGAUGAAAAGACUGUGAAUGUAAUAUUCUCCAGUUUCAUCCCAACCCUCCGCUAUCCCGUACGAGGGCUGGUCUCUGUUGCUGGAAUGGGUUAUCUAGGGUCGGCUACUGUGUUCGAAGCGUCCAAUUUCGGCAGUGUAGCCAUCCACCAACUGGUCCGCUCUCUCGCCGCCGAAUGGGGAUCCCGUCUGGAGAUGCCGUUGAUCCGAGUACCGGGUGUGGAGUCAGCGUGGUCAGAAGAGAAAAUGCUGAACCAGUUGAGUACUCCGGAUAAGUAUCGGGCUCCAGUUAUUUUUAUGCUAGGUGACGGCAGCAGCUUUGUGACCGGCGCGGAUUUACGGGUUGACGGGGGACAUUGCGCGUGGUGA